UAUUGUCAAGGCAAUGGCAUUGCUAAAAAAGAAGUCCAAGUUGCACUUGAUAGUGAUACUAUGAAUGAGUUUAUUAGCCUAAUACAUACCUUUAUUGAAUCAAAGCAUAUUCAAGUCAACAACUUAUUGAGAUCAGAUAUUAUUGGAUUAGUAACAAAUCCUCAGGUUAUUGCACACCGUGGUCAAUUAAAGAAACAAUUACAAGGCUCUUUAGAA